AUGAAUUUCGACGACAUACAAAUGCUAGAUAUCCCAGACGACGUGUCUGAUGUAUCGACGCAUACAGAGUCAUUGGAGUCUUCGGAAACGCCCAAAGGUGCCAGAGUCGACAAGGAAUAUCCUACGUUGUCUGAAUGGCUUGAACUGGAAGAAGACUUGAAAUUCCAAUUCGACCGUCGUGGAUACAAAGAGAGCUUGCUGCCGCCAGACUCCUUUCAAAAAGCCCAGUAUGAGUAUAUCAGCUCGCUUUUCAAGGUGGUGGAAGAGUUGACCAGUCAUGAUGUCCAGAUCCUUCCAGAGGACUCAGCGGAAACAGAGCCAUUGGGUGUUGUUACUUCUCUGAGAGAUAUCCUGAAGAAUGCCAAAAUAGAGGCGAAAACUACAAGGAUUAAUGAUGCGUUUGCUAAGAUCUUGACGAAUUACGGCCAUUUCCUAGAUUCUGUUAGGGACGACUUACAAGAUGAAGAUUUGGAUGCAUACAUUGAUCUCCAGUUCUUGCUAGAGUUCAUUCAAGCCAACGAGUUUCCUGUUCAGGAGCGUCAAAAACCAGAAUUGCUCGUCAAGUGGGUCAACGAAUACUAUCCUAAGCCAGAAGACAGCUUUGUUGAUGAAGUCGUCUACAACACCCCAGAGCCAUACUUGCAUCCGGAAUUCUGGACCACAUACUUGGGUACUUUGCUUACGAGAGGCAUGUUUAGUCAUGCUGCUCAAUCGAUAGACUCGUCAAAGUAUCAAAAAUUGGGUGAAGGUUCACCUUUGUACACUAUUAUCAAUGACUUCCACGUUUUGGUGGAUAGCUACACCUCCAUGGCAUUGAAGGGCCAGUUCCCAGAAUGGAAGCGUACCGCAUGUGAAAUGAGAGACAAUUUCAAGAACUUCAGAGAAGGCAUCGAGGACGAAGAGCAUUUGGUUAUUGCCAGGCACAUACAUGAGUUGCUCAGGGCCAUUACUGGUCUACCCAAAACCUUGGCGGGCUUUACCGAAAAGUGGUACGAGCUUUAUGCUGCGUUGUCUUUGUUCCAGGUUCGUGACGAUGACACCGUUUACAGCGACUAUUUCAAGAUUGCCACUAAUGAAAAGAUUGGAGGUAUCGACAACGAUCUUGACGAAGCCAUCACCCAUGUUGCUCUGGGCAAAGCACUUCGUGUUGUCACUGACCUCGAUAAGUACGACCCAGCAACGGCUGCUUAUGUGAGUAAGCUCUACGAACUCAAGGGUCUUUUCUUCCCAUACUACAGCGCUGCUUAUAAAGAUGCCAUCUUCAACGAGAGCUCUAUCCCCAAGAAAAACAUAUCUGACUACCUUCUCACAAGGCAUGCAUUUGAAUGCUUUGAGAUUCACCCACUCGCUAAUGUUGGUAUUGGUCUCUUCCUUCAUCCAGUGAUUACGCCGACGGCUGAUCUUAAUUGGAAGAACCGUCAAAUAGUCGGUGAGUUCUUGCCAUAUUACAAGUGUUACACUAAUGACGAUAUGGAAUGGGCUCUUACAGUGUGUGCCAAGCUUAACCUUCCUGAUGUGGCCAAGAAGCUUUACUUGCAGCAAGGUAAGCUGUCGCUUUCAGAGGGCCACUUGUAUGAGGCACUCAACAUGUUCGUCCAUUGCUACGAUGACACCUCCUCUUCUGAGGAAUCUUCCUUGGCCAUGGAAAAGAUUCAUCACAUCGUUUGGGAGCUUCUCUUCCAAGAUGCACUUUUGAACUGCUUGCCUGCUGAAGACGAGCUUUUAAACAACAUCAUCACUCGCAAAGUGGACCCAUCGUUUGAAGUACACCCUGUUAUCAGACAGUGUAUUGCGCCCUACGCGGUGUUGGUGGAAUACCUCAAUGCUAUUGAUGACGAAAAUGCAUUCAAGAAGAACAUCUCUCGUCUAUUCCACUUGAUCAGAUUCAAGUUCAUGCCCAAAAAGUUUGUGCCUCUUCUUUUUGCACAGCUACUUCCAUACUUCUCACUGCCCAAUCUCGUGUUAUCAGAUCUUAUUGUCAUGAUAGAACUCUUAGACUCGUUCGAGGGUCUGCUAGAAGGCCAAGAUGAAGAAGUUGAGAAACUAUAUGCAUUUGCAGCUGAAAGCGCUGACGAAGUGUCUACCCAGUAUGACUGGAGGAAAGUGUUGAAGGCAGAAGGUAAGCCAAUUCCAGACACCAUAAAAGAUUUAAUCUUGACGUUGCGUAAUAACAUUACCAUGAAAAUCGGAAAAGUCUACAUCAGCCAAUAA